GAUUGUUGGGGUGUCUGUGCAGGGCCAGGAGUUGGACUCGAUAGUCCUUGUGGGUCCCUUCCAACGCAGCAAAUUCUGUGAAGUUGCCCAGUCCUGGUAGAUCUGAGCCCAAAAGCUGAGUUUUCAGUCCCUCUGUGCAGCCCCCAGUGUCUGACAAGGGCCAUUCACAGUGAUUACCACCUGCUGUGGGGGAUCUGCCCCUGUCUUUUCCCUGAUGAAGUGAGAAUUUCUGUUUUCAGGAGCUGCCUCACGCAGGGAAAGGCAUUUGCUGAGAUAAGUAAAGGCCAAGUCCGAGCUGGUGACACUUUAGAUUGCAUUGAAAGCUGCUGAGUGUCCCAAUGUGUGCCCUGUGCUGACGCUCAGCCCCGAGGGAAAGGUGUGUGCAGGUGAUGGACUUCCCAGGGAAGACAGAAAUUGGGAUGUUAUUGCUGAAGUGCAGAAGCUGAUGAGAGACCCCCUACCUGUGGGCACAGAAAUCACCCUGACAGGGGAGUUUGAACCAAACCCACAGAUCCUCUGCAGCCUCUGAGGAUGUUCCCCAAAGUGUAUAAAACACAAAGUGCCUCAUGAAAUGCAGUUUCCCCCAUUCUGAGGUGGGCAAAGCUCCAGGGGUCUUUUCUUCCUGCCAUAAAGGGCUGAUGGAUUUUCCCUACUUUUGGAGCAGGAGCUCACAGAUAAUUUUUUGGGCUCCCCUGGGAGCAGCUACCCUCAGAGCAGGGCCGUACCCAGCCAGUUGAGGUCUGAUUGCUGUUUUUACCCUUCCCUUCCUGUACCUCCCAAGCUCAGCCUCUGCCACUACCUCGUCUCCCUGGGUGCUUGUGGUUUGUUUCACCCUUGCCUUUGCUUCCCUACCUUAAGGGAAUGCUCCGGGGCUUAUUGCUUUAGGAACAGGUGUUUUGGGAAGGUGGCAAACCAGGAAUGACAAAGCCUGACAUCCGUGGCCAUGCUUGAGAGCACACAAUUCCUCCGUGCUUCAUUUUUCCUUUCUUUUUUUAACCUCUCAAGGGGAAGGGGGCAACAAGCUUCCAAACCUUCUCACUACAUCAGAAGGAAAAAGGAGAACAAGAAGGCAGUACCCUCACUUCCUCCCCCCCUGCAUGUAACUCACAGCGCUCCAGCGCAGUCGUGCACCUGCAACCGGGACAGCCAUGGAGAAGAGCGGGAACAUUCAGCUGGAGAUUCCUGACUUCAGUAACUCUGUCCUGAGCCACCUGAACCAGCUGCGCAUGCAGGGCCGGCUGUGCGACAUCGUGGUCAACGUGCAGGGCCAGGCGUUCCGCGCACACAAGGUGGUGCUGGCGGCCAGCUCGCCCUACUUCCGCGACCACAUGUCCCUCAACGAGAUGAGCACCGUGUCCAUCUCUGUCAUCAAGAACCCUUCUGUCUUCGAGCAGCUCCUCUCCUUCUGCUACACUGGAAGGAUCUGCCUGCAGCUGGCCGACAUCAUCAGCUACCUAACAGCCGCCAGCUUCCUGCAGAUGCAGCACAUCAUAGACAAGUGCACGCAGAUCCUUGAGGGGAUUCACUUCAAAAUCAAUGUUGCAGAGGUGGAGGCGGAGUUGAGCCAGACCAGGACGAAGCAUCAAGAGAGACCGCCUGAGUCUCACCGGGUGACACCGACCCUGAACCGUUCCCUGAGCCCGCACCACAACACCCCGAAGGGGAGCCGCCUGGGCCAGGUGAGCACAGUGCUGGACAUCCGGGAGCUCAGCCCGCCCGAGGAGUCCACCAGCCCCCAGAUCAUCGAGCAGAGCUCGGAUGUGGAAGGCAGGGAGCCCAUCCUGCGGAUUAACAGGGCGGGACAGUGGUACGUGGAGACGGGGAUGGGAGAGCGCGGGGCCCGGAGCGACGACGACGUGCGGGUGCUGGGCGGAGUGCGCAUCAAAACCGAGAACCUGGAGGAGUGGCUGGGGGCAGAGCACCAGCCUUCGGGAGAGGACGGGAGCAGCGCCGAGGAGGUCACGGCCAUGGUGAUCGACACCACGGGCCAUGGAGCGCUGGGCCAGGACGCCUAUGCCCUGGGCUCCUCCGGGGCCAAAGUGGUCAGGCCAACCAGCACUGAGAUCGACAGAUUUAGCCCUUCUGGCAGCAUGGUUGCUGUGACUGAGCGGUACAGAUCAAAAAGCGAGUCUCCCGGGCGGAUGGAUGAGCCCAAGCAGCCCAGUUCCCAGGGGGAGGAAUCAGCCAUGCUUGGAGUGAGUGGUUACGUGGAGUAUCUGCGGGAGCAGGAGGUUUCCGAGCGCUGGUUCCGGUACAACCCGCGGCUCACGUGUAUUUACUGCGCCAAAUCCUUCAACCAGAAGGGCAGCCUGGACCGGCACAUGCGGCUCCACAUGGGCAUCACCCCCUUUGUGUGCCGCAUGUGUGGGAAGAAGUACACCCGCAAGGAUCAGCUGGAAUAUCACAUCCGCAAGCACACGGGCAACAAGCCCUUCCACUGCCACGUCUGCGGCAAAAGCUUCCCUUUCCAGGCCAUCCUCAACCAGCACUUUCGCAAGAACCACCCUGGCUGUUUGCCUCUGGAGGGGCCCCACAGCAUCUCCCCCGAGACCACAGUCACGUCCCGGGGGCAGGCGGAGGAGGAGUCCCCUCCGCAGGAGGAGGCUGUGGCUGUGGGGGAGACAGCACAGGGAUCUGUGUCCACCACUGGGCCGGAUUGAAACACGACUGCGGAGUCCGGGGAGAAAGGACCGUCUUCCCUUUCUUGGCUCUCCAGAGUCAGCACCAACCUGGCAGGCUGGUACUGUAAUUAGUGCAAUGCCACCACUGGACAGAAAGAAGCUCCCAAGAUGUUGCCAAAAUAGAAAAAUCUCUUCUCUCUCUCUCUGUCUCUCACUCUCUCUGUCUCUCUCUCUGUCUC